ACAUAACUAUUACCUAUAGACUAAGUGAUCCUUUAUUUUGUCGGAGUUACUACUUGUUUGAUAGAGCGAAAGAAGCGUACCAGAGGGUUUGUAUGUAUACACAACAGAAAUGGGAAAAGAUAAGCCAGGUUUUUUGACUCCGAAGGCCAUUGCAAAUCGCAUCAAAGCCAAAGGCCUCCAGAAACUGCGAUGGUACUGCCAAAUGUGCCAGAAACAGUGUCGUGACGAGAAUGGAUUUAAAUGCCAUAUGAUGUCAGAGUCACAUCAGAGACAGCUCCUGCUGUUUGCUGAAAAUCCAGAUGAAUAUGUGGAUACAUUCUCAAAAGAUUUUGAAGAAGGCUACACAGAACUGUUACAUCGCCGCUUUGGCACCAAGCGUGUUCAUGCCAACAUUGUUUACCAGGAAUAUAUCGCAGACAGGCAUCAUAUUCAUAUGAAUUCCACAAUGUGGGAAACACUUACAGACUUUGUAAAGUGGCUGGGAAGAGAAGGCAAAUGUGAAGUUGAUUAUACAGAAAAAGGCUGGUUUGUGAAAUACAUUGAACGUGACCCUGAAACCAUCAAAAAGCAAGAAGCCAUUCGUGCCAAAGAAAAAAUGGACCUAGAUGAUCAGGAGCGAACUGCUGAGUUCAUUAAGAAACAGAUUGAGAGGGCUGCAGAGAUGGAGAAGCAUCUUGGUCCAGUUGAACACACAGAGCUGAAGAGGCAAAAUGAUGGAGAGAAAGUUACAUUCAGUAUGUCUGCUUCUAAAAAAGAACAGAUUGCGAAAAAAGCUGUUACAGUUGAUAAUCCCCUUACCAUCUCCUCCCAGCCAUCCACAAGUAAAAUUUCUACAGCUGCUCCUUCCACAGUUUCUGACAAAAAGACUUCAGAGAAAACUGGUGAGAAGAGAAAGGCUAAAUCAGCUCUUGAAGAAAUAAUAGAAGUUGAAGAGAAAAAAAAGGAAAAGGAGAAACGCAAGGAUUGGUGGCUUCACAAGGGUAUUGUUGUGAAGGUUACACUCAAACGCCUGGGAGAAAAGUACUUCAACAAAAAGGCAUACGUUCAUGAGGUGCAAGACUUGUAUACAGGAAUCAUCAAGAUGCUGAAUGGAGGAGAUACCCUCAAGGUUGACCAGACACACGUGGAGACAGUUAUACCAGCCAUUGGCAAGACUGUGCUAGUAGUGAAUGGAGCCUACAGAGGAGAGGAAGCUGUGCUGGAGGCCAUCGAUGAGAAGAAUUAUUCUUGCACCAUCAAACUCAGCAAAGGUUUGUUGAAGGGACGAGUUGUGACAGGAGUUCAGUAUGAAGAUGUCAGCAAGUUGCAUGUUCCUUGACAGGAUACAUCAACAAUAUUAUGGGACUAAGAAAAGUGUAACACUGACCACAAAUACCAAACCCAGUAUGGACUGCAAAGCCAUCAAGUCAAGCAACCAGUUUUAUAGUGUGAAUCUGAGCUAUAUAUCACUAAUUCUUGACCAAUUGGGUAUUUUAACCACUGUUUUAUACAAAAUAAUUUGCAUCCAUAUCCAUUAAGGAAAAUGAUAGGUAUUUGCUGUUUUUAUGUUAUCUGUUCCAUCACAUGGAAAGGAGUCCAGGAAGAAAACAUUUACUGCACUCAUCAAACAUAAAAUACUGUAAUUUAUUUUACAUCAACUUAAGUUAAAUCAGUUAUUACAUUUUUAAAUCUUUAUUAAACAGACCUUAAGAGACUGUGUCAUAACGCAUUAUCACAAAAUACAUUUUAAAGGUAGGUAGGCAGCAGAUUCAGUCAAUAAAUGCCUUUAUACAUUUUUA